CAGGCACCUCGCCAACAUCGGCACCCCCUCCGGUCCAGUCUCCCAGCACCCAGGCUAUGCCAAGCGGGUGUUCACAGUCUCUGACAACGGUGUUGUGGCUGCUGUCUCCACCCGGACAGGCGAGUCGCUCUGGCGGGUCGUCCUCCCUUCGGCUGCCCCCUCGUCCGCUCCUCCGCUCGCCACCGACCUCUCCGCCUACUCGGUCGUCCCCUCUAUCGGCACAUACGUCCCUGUCAUCGCCCGUCACCUCGCCCGCCUCAUCGUCCUGGAUGGCUCAUCGGGUCGCACUCGCUUUGCCUUCCCGGCCCACCUCCCACUCGCCGCCGACUCGGCUGUCGUGGCUGCUGCCUCGGUAGGCGUCAACACCAUCGCCAUUCUCACUCCCUCAGAGCUGGUCAUGGUCGACGCCGUCAAGGGCAAGGUCCUCGCCCGCCGUGAUGUCCUCGGUCUCGAUCCGCUCAGCAAGGUGGUUCUCGCCUGCGCUGCCGACGCUUCCGCCUGCGCUGUCUUUGCCGCCUCUGCUGAUGGCGGCCUCGCUGGUGCCAGCUUUGCUCUUGGCGCGGGUACGAGCAUGCCGGCCGGCUCUACCACGCUUCGUCCACUUGCUGGCUCUGUCGCUCCUGUCGAGAGUCUCCACGUCUCGGGCUCGGGCGACGUGCUCGCUGUCGGCGGCGACGGCACCCUCGCCGCGCUCUCGUGCUCCUCGGGCAAGGCGAGCUCGUGCGCAGCGCGGAGCAUCGCGCUCGAUGCCCCGCUCGCCCUUCCUGCCACUGUCUCGCCGUCGCCGGUGGCCAAGGCCUCGCUGCGCCACGGUCUGUUUGCGGUGGUCGAUAGCGCGGGUGCUGCGCUUGUGGUCGCCGCCAAGGACGCCACCGCCCUACCGGGCAACACGGCGGCAGCCGGGGUCGGCCUCGCCAAGGACGGCACCGUCUACGUCGCCGCCGCAAGCUCGGACCCGGUAUCGGGCGCGCUCACCCUCGCCGUCUACGACACCCACGGCCUGCCGCUCGCCAACUUUGCCCUCGACGCGCCGCAGCUGGCCGCGUCGGCAGCCGGCCUGCCGCGCUUUGUCUCGCCGCUCGUGUACGCCACCAAGUCAGGCAGUGUCUCGCUGCGGCUGAUGGUGACGACAACCGGCGGCACCGUCGCCAUCGUCAAGGCUUCGCUCAACUCCGCCAAGCCGCCGACGCUCGCCUGGCUCCGCCACGAGGGCCUCGCCUCUGUCGUCGAUUCGGCCUUUUGCGAGCUCCCGGCGCCCGCCGGCUCGGCCGACGAAGAGGCCGAGCUCCACUCGGCGCUGGGCAUCGGCGGCGGAGCUUCGCCCGGCCCGCUGCCUCUUGUCUCGCAAGCUCUCGCCCGCCUCUCGUACCAGGCCGCCCGCGUCGUCCCGGGUCUUGUUCACGCCGCCGAGCAGGCCGUCGAUGCCAUCGGCGCCGUCUUUGGCCGCGAUCCGACGGCGCUCCCGCCCACCUCGUCCGACGGCACCCUCGCUGCCGACCUGUUUGGCUUCAACAAGGCCAUUGUCCUCGCCGUUUUUGCCAACGCCGACGCGAUCGCUGUCCUCCCGGUCCCGGGCGCGCCGCUUGACGUCCUCGUUGUCGCCAGCUCGGCGUCGACCCAAUCGUCGCGUGCCGUCCGGCUCGUCGCCGCCACCGGCGCCAUUGUCGCCGCCGUCGACCUGCCCUUUGCUGCCACCACCGUUGUCGACGCGGCAGGCACGCCCGCCUCCCCCGCCCUCGCUGCCGCCCUCGGCCGCCCGCUUGACGGCGUCGUCCUAGUCAUCGACGCCGCAGGCGCGCCGCACCUCGUCGCCGCCGCACCGUCGCUCGCUGAGCUCGCCGUCCCGGGCCUCGCCGCCUCGCUCGCCGACCACGUCUACAUGCACAAGAUCACCGCCGACGCCGUGGUCGGCCUCGGCUACGACAAGGCCUCGGGUGAGCUCGUCAAGACCUGGGCGGUCGCUGUUCCGCAAGGCGCCUCGGUCGCCGCUGUCGCCACCGGCCUCGCCGGUGGUGCCGUCGCCUCGCCGGCCGUCGUCCUCCCGGACGAGACCGUCCUCUACCGGUACCUCAACCCGCACCUGGUCGCCUUUGCCGUCGCCUCGCCGGCAACCAGCACCCUCCGCAUCGUUGCCGUCGACGGCGUGUCGGGCUCGACCGUCGUCGACGUCCGUAUCGCCUACGCCGCGCCGCCGACCGCCCUCGCCAUCGUCGACAACGCCCUCGUCUACUCGUAUUACAACACCCGCGACGCCCGCUUCGAGCUCGGCGUGACCGACAUGUUCGAGCCCGAGUACGUCGACCACUCGUCGUACAACGCCACGCUCGAGCCGGUCGCGCUCCCGCCGCCGGCGCUCGCCUCGGCGGCUUUCCUCUCGCCCACGCCGUUUGUGGCUAUGGGUGCCUCGGCCACCGCCCUCGGCAUCACCGGCAAGGACGUCCUCCUCUACGCCCCGCAUCGCGGCGUCUACGCCCUCUCGCGCCGCCUCCUCGACGGCCGCCGCCUCGCCCCGCCGGCCCAGCCCGCGCCGGGCACCGUCGCCUACGAGUACAGCCUUCCGCUCGGCCUCACCCAGCUCCUCUCGCACGCACGCCAGGUCGAGGGCAUCACCACCAUCGUCGCCGCGCCCUGCGAGCUCGAGUCGCACUCGCUCGUUCUCGCCUACGGCUCGCCCGACGUCUUCUUUACCCGCGUCGCCCCUUCCGGCGAGUUUGACCUCCUCGGCGACGCCUUCCAGUACGGCGGCCUCAUGCUUACCAUGGUCGCCCUCCCGCUCGGCAUGUUUGUCCUCAAGUCGCUUGUCGAGCGCAAGGACCUCGCCGCCAAGUGGUAA